UCCCUUACUUCCAACCGCCAUGCUGGGUCUUGCUCGUCGUACCGGGGGCGCUUCCGUCGCUCGUUCACUGUCUCGUAGCACCGUCCUGCAGUGCAGGUACCAGAGCACCCAGCCGUCUACCCCGUCCUCUCAGGACAAGUCCCCCUUCCAACCCACCGCUUCCUCGCCUUCCUCUACCAGCAAUGCCUCACCCUCGGAUGCUCAGCCCCGCCGCACCGUCUCCUUUGGCUUUCAAAAUGUACCCGAGGAAGAAAAGCAAAACCUCGUGAAGAACGUCUUCGACUCCGUCGCGAGCAACUACGACCUCAUGAACGACGCCACGUCCUUCGGCGUGCACCGGCUGUGGAAGGACAACUUCGUUGACUCGCUCAAGCCGGGGAGGAAGGGCCCGAUGAAGUGCAUUGACGUCGCGGGCGGCACGGGGGAUAUUGCGCUCCGGAUUUUGGACUAUGCGCGGGAGAAGUAUGCGGAUAGGGAGACGACGGUGGAUGUGGCGGAUAUUAAUGGGGAGAUGCUGAAGGAGGGGUACAAGCGGUUCAAGAAGACGAUGUACCACAACACUCCCCAGGUCGCGUUCCAUGAGGCGAACGCGCAGGAGAUGUCGCAGUUCCCGGACAACACGUAUGACCUGUACACCAUCGCGUUCGGCAUUCGCAACUGCACAAGUAUUCCGGAUGUGUUGAAGGAGGCUCAUCGUAUCCUGAAGCCUGGAGGCGUCUUCGCCUGCUUGGAGUUCAGCAGGGUAAACAACCCCAUCCUCAGCACCUUGUACGAUCAGUACUCCUUCACCAUGAUCCCGCUACUCGGCACCCUGCUGUCCGGCGACCGUGACGCAUACCAGUACCUUGUCGAGUCAAUUCGGAGGUUCCCGCCACAGCCAGAGUUUGCGAAGAUGAUCAGGGAUGCUGGCUUCACGACUGGGGAGUUUGUGGAUGGCGGCGCCUGGACGGACUACUGGGGUGGCAUUGCUACUGUACACAAGGGUGUCAAGCUAUAGAUACAUGUCGUAUAAUCUACUUACCGCGAUAUAGACUUCAGCAUAUACUCCGCUCUUCACCGGUCU